ACCGCGCCGGGGCGGGAGCCGGGCCUGGGCUGCGGGCGGGAGGCGGCCGGGGGCGCAGCGGCCGCGCUGCGGGCCGCCAGGGAGCCGCGGCGAUGGCGGUGCAGGCGGCGCUCCUCAGCACGCACCCCUUCGUCCCCUUCGGCUUCGGGGGCUCCCCGGACGGGCUGGGGGGAGCCUUCGGAGCCCUGGACAAGGGCUGCUGUUUCGAGGACGAUGAGAGCGGGACGCCGGCGGGCGCGCUGCUGGCGGGCGCCGAGGGCGGGGACGUGCGCGAGGCCACCCGCGACCUGCUCAGCUUCAUCGACUCGGCGUCCAGCAACAUCAAGCUGGCCCUGGACAAGCCGGGCAAGUCGAAGCGGAAGGUGAACCACCGCAAGUACCUGCAGAAGCAGAUCAAGCGCUGCAGCGGCCUCAUGGGCGCCGCGCCCCCGGGCCCGCCCUCCCCGGGCGCCGCCGACACGCCCGCCAAGCGGCCGCUCGCCGCCCCCGGCGCCCAGACCGUCGCGGGCCCGGCCCACGGCAAGGCCGCCCCUCGGCGGGAGGCGUCGCAGGCCGCGGCGGCUGCCAGCCUGCAGAGCCGGAGCCUGGCCGCGCUCUUCGACUCGCUGCGCCACGUCCCCGGGGGCGCCGAGCCGGCUGGGGGCUCGGUGGCGGCGCCCGCGGCCGGGCUCGGCGGAGCUGGCGCUGGGGGCGCGGGAGGGGACGCGGCCGGUCCCGCGGGGGGUACGGCGGUCCCGGGCACCAGGAAGGUCCCGCUGCGCGCCCGCAACCUGCCCCCGUCCUUCUUCACCGAGCCGUCCCGGGCGGACGGCGGCGGCGGGUGCGGCCCGUCGGGGCCCGUCGUGAGCUUGGGCGACCUGGAGAAGGGCGCGGAGGCCGUGGAGUUCUUCGAGCUGCUGGCGCCCGACUACGGCACCGGCACCGAGGCGGGCGUCCUCCUCGCCGCGGAGCCUCUCGAUGUGUUCCCCACUGGAGCCGCCGCCCUGCGGGGACCCCCGGAGCUGGAGCCCGGCCUCUUUGAGCCGCCGCCGGGGAUGGUGGGGAGCCUACUGUAUCCCGAGCCGUGGGGCGCCCCGGGCUGCCCCUCGACCAAGAAGCCGCAGCUAGCUGCCCCCCGUGGCGGCUUGACCUUGAACGAGCCCUUGAGCCCCCUGUACCCCGCCGCCGCGGACUCUCCCGGCGGGGAGGAUGCGCCCGGCCUCUUGGCCUCUUUCGCCCCCUUCUUCUCAGACUGCGCCCUGCCGCCGGCGCCGCCGCCGCAUCAGGUGUCCUACGAUUACAGCGCGGGCUACGGCCGCACGGCGUACUCCAGCCUCUGGAGAGCGGACGCCGCUUGGGAAGGGGCGCCCGGGGAGGAGGGGGCGCACCGGGACUGACUGCGAGGUCCCCUUCCCUCCCAUUGGAGACUGCUCGGGGAGCUCCCGCCGCCGGGUCUCUCCGAAGCGUAAAGAACGGUGGGGAAAUGCACAUGGAGAUGAAACGGGAUUAAAAAAAAAAAAAAGAAUUAAUAAAAAAAACUUCAGAAAAAGAGAUGAAGAGGAGUUGGGGGUUGAUUUAUCACAGCCUCAAGUGUUUUUAAAAAAGAGAAGCCAUUGGUAGGUUCUUACUGGAACAGACGAGCCAAGAAACCA